UCGCAGACAAUAACAAUGGCGGGCGCCAAAAGAAAGAGAAACUCGAAAAAGGGGUCGAAUUUUCCCGCCCAUUUAUCAACAACGCGUAAUCAUCGCACCUCACUUCUCUCGUAGUUCUCAUUUUUCUCCCCUCACCGAACCCCGAAGGGAUACUCGACGAAGAAGAUGGUUUCCUCAACCAUUAAAUCGGAUUCGAAGGAUGAAUUGAAACAAACCCUAAACUCCAAAAACCCUAAAAAUGUCUACCAAAUCGGAGGCCUUCAAGUGGAGUUCCCUUAUCAGCCGUACGGAACCCAGCUUGCGUUCAUGAGCCGGGUCAUAUCUACGCUCGAUCGAGCCCAGAGAGACGGUCACAGUCACGCGUUACUCGAGUCUCCCACUGGUACUGGAAAAUCUCUGUCUUUGCUCUGCUCGGUGCUUGCUUGGCAACAGAACUAUAAAUCUCGGCUUCUGAAAGGGAAUUUGACUCAUUCGAAAGCUGCCCCGGAAGCAGCCACCGAUCCAUUGAAUCACGGAGGUGGGUUCAUACCGGAGACACAGCCCUCAGAUACUCCUGCUGCAUCUACAAAAGUGGAGCAAGCUGAAACUGCAACUAAGAAGAGAACUAAAAUUCCUACCAUAUACUAUGCUUCACGAACUCAUUCUCAGAUUACUCAAGUGAUUCGUGAGUAUCGGAAAACUGGUUAUAGAGUGCCCAUGGCUGUAUUGUUGCGUUUAAUCAAGAUACUAAAAGAAUUGCAGAAUGAAUUAGAACAGAUGAGCGUGGCACAGCCAAUGAUAUAUCAACCCUUGUGUGAAGUAGUAGAUGGAUUGAUAAGCUGGAUUGGAAGAAAAAAGGAUUCAUUAACAAAACGUGAUUUCCAGCACUAUUUCUCUAGUUGGACCGGAGACAAAGCUUUAAGAGAGCUUGAGGAAUCUAAUAUCUCUCGUGAAUGCUUCCCAAUCUUAUUGGAGUGCUUUACAAAGGCUAUCAGAACAUCAAAGGAAGCAGAAAUGGAAUCAGAUAUGCUUUAUUUGAGUGGGUUAUCUGUCUUGACACUAGAAGAGUUGUUCUCUUCACUUACGUACUUCUUUUCAAGAAAUGGAAGUCACAUCUUAGAUUACCAACUGGGUUUACAACGCUCUACUAAAAGAGGAGAUUCUUCUGGUACAUGGACGCAUACUUUCAGUUUGUGGUGCAUGAAUCCUUCGGUUGUUUUUAAAGACUUAGCUGAUAUAUCUCUAUCCAUCAUUUUAACAUCUGGGACUUUGUCACCGAUGAAUUCUUUCUCAUCUGAACUUGGGAUGCAGUUUGGCACUUGUUUAGAGGCUCCACAUGUGAUUGAUGUUAAUCUGCAGGUGUGGGCUGGUGCAAUCUCCAUUGGUCCUGGUAAUUAUCCUCUAAAUGCAACUUAUAAAACAGCUGAUGCAUAUGAAUUCCAGGAUGCUUUAGGGAAAUCGUUGGAAGAAAUAUGCGCUGUUGUACCAGGUGGCUCCCUUGUAUUCUUUCCAAGCUAUAAGUUGAUGGAAACACUCUGCACACGUUGGCGUGAAACUGGGCAAUGGUCUCGGCUUUGCUUGAAAAAGGACCUUUUUGUUGAACCAAGAGGAGGAGCCCAGGAAGAAUUUGAUUCUGUUCUGAAGGGAUAUUAUGAGUCUAUACGUGGGAAGAAUAGAUUUACUGGAAGAAAUAAAAGAGUUAAGAAAGCAUGGACUAUUAAAACUGAGACUCAAGAUGAUUCCAAGAAAGGAGCUGCAUUUCUUGCAGUGUGUAGAGGAAAGGUUUCAGAAGGGAUUGACUUUGCUGAUGACAACGCCAGGGCAGUGAUAAUUGUCGGCAUUCCAUUUCCAAACUUGCAUGAUAUUCAAGUCGGACUAAAGAAAAAAUAUAAUGAUACCUACAAAUCAUCUAAAAACCUUCUUGGAGGGAGUGACUGGUAUUGCCAACAGGCCUAUCGUGCUUUAAAUCAAGCAGCAGGGCGAUGUAUCCGGCAUAGGUUUGAUUAUGGUGCCAUCAUAUUCUUGGAUGAGCGAUACAAAGAAGAAAGGAACAGAACGUCUAUUUCAAAGUGGCUAAGGCAGUCUAUCAAACUGUAUGAUAAUUUUGAAGUAUCUAUGGAAGGGUUAAGAUCAUUUUUCAACAGUGCCAAGGAGCGAGUUGACAGUAAGAUGUCUGCGUCCCAGGAUUAUACUGUUGAGAAGAACUUUUCUUCGGAAAACCAAAGCAAAUACAGAAGGAAGGAAAAUCAGAUUCAGAACAAAUCUAGUCAUGUGGAAGCAAGAGUGGUAGACGUGGAGGAUCGCACAGAUUCGAAUACAAAAUAUCCUUUUAUGAACAAAACCAAGGCCUUUUUGGAUCAAAAAGAUGUGAAACCAAAAAUAGCUGAAGAUUCGAUAUCUGUACGGCAUUCUACUCAGACAUUCAUUCAAAUUAAAGAGGAAGCUGAAUGCUACAAAGACGUUAUUGAUCUUGAGUGCGGUGUCCAACCUGAGACUGGGUAUUGCGAGGUGUCAUCAGUGACCUACAAUGAUGAAGAUCCAGAAACAUCUUUUGUCAAGGAGACCUCUGGUAUGAUCAAAGGGAUAUCAGUAGCCAGUCCAUGUUCUUGCUCAAUGAAUGAAAGCUCUAGUCCAGCAGCAAUAGGUCUGAGAUCUCCGAGGUCUCCUGAUCAAUUAUUAAAGCGGCAUAUAUCUACUCCAAAUUUUAGAAAAUCUCCACUUGGAGCUGAGUCGUCCGUAGUAGCAAAUCUUGAGGGAAAUUCUUUCGGUGACAUCCGUAGUUCGACUCUAGAAGCAGAGUCAUCUUUCAACAUGAGCGUUAAUUCACAGGCUUUGAAGAGAAGAAAGUUUACUAGCUCUCCUGUCAUUGACCUUGAAGACGAAAACAGUGAUGCACCUAAUUGCUCAUUAGUUAAUCAGAGACUCUGCAGAAAAUUUGAAGGCUCAAAAGGUCAGGGUAUUUGGUGCGAGCAAGAUGGAUGUGUUUUCAAUACUAUCUGUUGCCCUUUCUGCAGUAUCCCAAACACAUGUCUCGGAGUGCAAGUCAUGGCUACUGAUUCAUCAAAUGUCCAGUUUUUGAGUAAAAUUUUGUUCUUUGCUGAUCAUCUAGAAGUCACGAAUGAUGCAGCAAGCAAGGAAACGGCCUUAAAGCACAAGGAACCUCUUGCUGACACUAAUGUAGCUGUGGAUAAAAGUGAUAUGCUUGAGUCAAUAGAGAGAUUUGCAUACUCCCCAAUUCAGCAGCAAGAUUCAGGAGGCUGGAGGACUACAAAAUCAAAGUUGAGACUACCAAAACGCAAUUUGCCAACAAGCAAGAAGACAUAGAAAGAGGAUGUUUUCAUACCUCAGCGAGCAGAACCGGUCUGAUUCAAAAUGAGAGAUAAUCAAUGCAGCAAAGCCAGCGGCACCAAGUUGUCAUAAGCAGAUGUGAACCAAGGAACUUUGCUCAUGUCAUCAUGUGGCUGAAGAAAGAUUGGUUUUGCAUCUAAACUUGGCCAGCUUCGUUCGGAACUUAAUUUAUGUCCAGGUCGUGGCAAUCCCGUUGUUCAUGGUGAAUACGUAGAAGGUCAAAUGUAAAUUCGUGAAAAACAAAUUUUACACUAAAUAAAUAGACUUGUUAAUGCUCA